AAUUUCUGCAGGAAAAGAUAAAAAGAUAUCCCAAAUGGGAAAAUGGCAGGAUGACUCAUGGAAGUGGGACUUGAAGUGGAGAAGAAACCUGUUCAGCUGGGAGGAACAACAGGAGGCGGCUCUCAAGUCUGAAAUCCAAGAUACCAAAAUAGAAAGAGGAAUAUCAGAUGUGAGGGACUGGAUCCAUAGCAAGGAAGGAAUAUACACAACAAAAUCAGCAUACCAGGCCCUGACAAGGGAUCACAGGAGAGUCCAGCAGAGACCAGCACUAAGUAAAGUAUGGCAAGAGUACAUCCCGAGCAAAAUUUCUGUUUUUGCCUGGCAAGUGCUGCAAGAUAAAAUCCCAACAAAGUUGAACCUGUUGAAGAGGGGAAUCAUACAAGACAUUGCAGAUUGUAAGUGCAUUCUAUGCGGCUUAGUAAGUGAAGAUUCCAAUCACCUCUUUAUUCAUUGCAAAAUUGCGUGGGGACUUUGGAACAGUUGCUAUAGGUGGUGGGGUAGUAAGCAGGUGUUAGAUAGAGAUUGUGGGAGGGUGUUUGAACAGCACCCCUUCAUAUUCAAUAUCAAAGAGGUGAGGAGGGGCUGGGAAUGCAUUUGGUUCUCUGUUAUUUGGUCCAUAUGGUUAGCUAGAAAUGAAAAGCUAUUUAGAGGCAAAGAGGUAGAGUCCGGUAGACUAUUGGAGCUGGUCCAGGUGAGGUCUUUUAAAUGGAUCAAAGGCAAAAGGAGAGGAAGCCUCUUCACCGUAUCAGACUGGAUCCUUAAUCCAGUAAGCUGCCUGAAUCCGUCCCAGUUUCCUUUUUCAAUGAAAACAACAAACAAAGGGAACAAGUUGGACUAUGGGAAGAUCCUUGAGCCUUUCACAGCCAUUGAUCUAUCUUGCAACAAAUUCGAGGCAGAGAUUCCAGAAGAAGUUGGGAACCUAGAAGGACUUCAACUGCUCAAUUUUUCCAAUAACAUUCUUGAUGGUCAAAUCCCUCUUGUCUUGGAAUAUCUCGCAAAUCUUGAAGCACUUGACCUUUCUCAAAACAAGCACACAAGAAGAAUUCCCACAGAGUUGAUGCAACUCAAAUUUCUAAAAGUCUUUAAUGUGUCUCACAACCAUUUGAUGGGACCUAUCCCAAAAGGUCAACAAUUUGAUACAUUUGAAAACAACUCUUUUGACGGAAAUUUAGGACAAUGUGGAAUGCCACUAUCAAGGAAAUGUGACUAUUACAACUUUGAGGUUUUGCCUCCACCAUAUUCAACCUCCGAAGGAAAUGAAGAUCCUGGAUUGUCAGGGGAAUUUGGUUGGAAAUUAGUGUUAAUGGGUUAUGGAUAUAGAUUCCUCAUAGGUGUUGAUAAGUUAAAUUUAUAUACAUAUUAAUGUGAAGUUUUUGUCUUGAUAUUAUUGAUAUUUGAGUGAAUUUUAUAAGAUUUUACUUGAUUUUACAUUAUUUUUAUUCUUUGUGUAAGAAAGAACUUAAUUGGAA